UUCAACCCCGCCUGGCCUGCCAGUCAAGUCCCGAAGUUCCGCAGGAUUGGCUAGAGUCUGACUUUGACCCGCCUCCGUCACUCACCUGAUUAGAUGUUUAUGAGUCAAAAGGCGGGGGUCAUGGGGUGUCGAGAUUUCGUUGGUUGAUGCGUACGUCUGUCCACGACGGACCGCCCCCUGUCUCCCGGGAGCUCGCUUUUGAACGGCCCAUCGCUUCGUCCAUCUUCCAGGUUUCUCUCCUCUCUAUUGGCUGAUGACUCUGCCUGUCCAGUCCCUGGCUCGUAUUCGUUGGCGACAGCCUCCGAAGAGACUCGCCUUUCUCCAGAGGAUUGGUGGAUGAGUGCACAGAGAGCCCACCCUCGAUGGUGGGCGGGUCAUCGUGCUAUUGGUCGGGGCCCCCGCCCCAGGGCGAAGAGGAGGAGGAGGAGGGGCAGGAGGUUUGGUUGAGCCGCAGCUGUUUGUCUGUUCGACACAGGCUUGGGCCCGACGGGGGAGACGGAGCCCCAGGACUGUCGAAGCCUGGACGUCCCCUCCCCUCCCCCUCCCCCCUUUGCCGCUUUGUGGCAUCCCCCUCCCUCUGUCCUUUCCCCCUCUGCCUAAUAAUCUGGCCAUGACUAGCAGGAGCACAGCCAGGCCCAAUGGGCAACCUCAGGCCAGCAAAAUAUGCCAGUUCAAAUUGGUCCUGCUUGGGGAGUCUGCAGUGGGAAAAUCUAGUCUGGUAUUACGUUUUGUCAAAGGGCAAUUCCAUGAAUACCAGGAGAGUACCAUUGGAGCGGCCUUCCUCACCCAGUCUGUCUGUCUAGAUGACACAACAGUCAAGUUUGAGAUCUGGGACACAGCUGGGCAGGAGCGAUACCACAGCUUAGCCCCCAUGUACUACAGGGGCGCUCAAGCUGCUAUCGUGGUUUAUGACAUUACUAAUCAGGAAACAUUUGCCCGAGCAAAGACGUGGGUAAAAGAACUGCAGAGGCAGGCCAGUCCCAGCAUCGUUAUUGCCCUAGCGGGGAACAAAGCUGACCUGGCUAACAAGCGCAUGGUGGAAUAUGAAGAGGCCCAGGCGUAUGCAGAUGACAACAGCCUAUUGUUUAUGGAGACUUCGGCCAAGACAGCCAUGAACGUGAACGAUCUCUUCCUGGCAAUAGCUAAGAAGUUGCCAAAGAGUGAACCUCAGAAUCUGGGUGGUGCAGCAGGCCGAAGCCGGGGUGUGGAUCUCCAUGAGCAGUCCCAGCAGAACAAGAGCCAGUGUUGUAGCAACUGAGGGGGUGGCUAGCAGCAAACAAGUAUGGAGCUAGCACGAGAGCUAAGAAAUAACCUCCAUCCCCACCCCUCAGCACACAACCCCUACGGUAACAGCACACUGAGCCCUGGCUCCCAAGGGCUGCCUCCUGACAGCUCCGUCAUGGCACUUUUUAAUGCUUCAGCAACCGACACCAGGCAGCUGUUGCCACUGGCCUCCUGCCCCUUACUUCGGGGUUUGGGGGUCAACCCCCGAGGACUUACCUUCCAAAACAAACUUUCUUCACUUUGUAUUAUAGGUGCAAGACAGUGUGCCCUACUUACCUUUCCGCCUCCUUCCCCAGUGUUCUUUCCCAUUUUUUCAGAAAACACUUUUGUCUUUUGUCCCCUCCCCCUUUUGCUUUUGAGAAUCCCUGUUCUUGACCCCGUUUUCCUCCUCUGCCCAAGAUAGCGAAGGUGGUUAACACAGGGACUGAGGAAGAAGGUUCAGUCACAUUGAAGGCCUUGGAAGAAAGGAAGGCCCGGGACAGAAGAGAGUAAGGAAACAAUUUUUUUGUCUUAAGUUGGCUGGAGUUUCUCAUAUUUGAACACACAGCAGUGUGGUGUCCACGGGUUGGCCUUGUGGAGGGUGGUCCUGGGCAGAGGGUGAGAGUUGGAGGCAAGCUGUGAGGCAUCAGCAAAUUAGAUGGUGGUUGACAGAGGAGGAGGUGCAGAGUCAUCUCUGGCUCUGGAACUUUACCAGGCACACCUUCCCCUCAUCCAGUGUCCCAGGUAGCGUGUCCCUUAUCAUGGGAGUCAGAGCCCAGGGUCCUCCAAGGAGUCUUCUCUGGUCACCUGUGUCAUCUCCUAGGGGAGGGACAGCCAGCUUCCAUCUCCAUCCUUCACUGGUGUGGCAGCAUUUGCUCCUCCCCCUGGCCUUUGGAUGGCCUUUGCUCCAACAGCCACAUCCCCCUGCUGUUUGCACUUUAACUGAUGGUAGUUCAGUGGGAUAUUUGUUUUAUGUAGGGGAGGGGGAUUGAGUCACCUGCCCUUCCACCUGUUUGUUUCUAGUAAGUAAGGUUCAGUUUUAUUUUAUUCGCCACAACACACUUGCGCCUCUUCCUCCAGGAGAUACUCAUCAGGUUCUUAGGUGAGACAACAGACAAUUGAAUUGCCAGUAUAAUUAUAUGGUUAUUAAGGGCUUGAGAAGCAACAUCCUUUGCAACUGUCUCCUAAACCAAGUCCCCCAGGAGGCAUCAUGGAGAACGCCAUUCAGCUUGACUGACCAGCCUGUCCUCUAGUUAUGGAAAACUCUCUGAGAGUUGCCACUGCAUUGAUAUCACGUGGAUAUCAAUGUUUUUGUCAUCUCCAUAUUUGAUCAUUUCAUGAACAAAGUCAUCAGUGGGUUUGACAUGGACAACUGCAUGAUACUGCUUGUUACCAGUCUUACACCGCUUCGUUUGAGUGGGUUUCAGCUCCCCAAUUAAAUUACAAGCUGCUUGUGGGCAAAGACCGUGCCUUUGAUCUCUCUGGAAUCCCUCUCACAGUGUCCAGAACAGCGCCCAUUACAGAGCAGGUGCCCAAGAAAUGGCAUUUUGUGAUGGACAGCCAUGGCUUCAAGUCAAAGGGUGGCUGGGUCUCCUUCUGUGGAUCUAUCUAGUCAUGUGUAUAAGGCAGUGGCUGUAACUGGAGCAGCCUACGCUGGGCACGUGAACUGAGCACUCCAGGCUGGGUUACUGGACUGUGUAGCUGGUUACACAGUCCUCCCCGCUCCUUUUUUUUUUUUUUUUUUUUU